AAAGUCUCAAUUUUCAUUCACUACAACAUACUUAAAAUCAUGGUUCCCGUUGAGUUCAGGGGACUUCACUACCUAGCACCAGAAAAUCCGAUCCUGAUUCCAGCCAACCUUGGCAUGAUGCAAAACUCUAUACCAUCUUUUCAUUUCAAUACAUUUGAAAGCAGCCUACCGAAUUCCCACAUCGUACCAUCUGCUCAGGAAUUUGCUGCGUUGUCCUCAAGUAUCAGCAACACUUCAACUUCAGAUGAGGCUGAGGAGCAGCAGGUCAAUGUCAUCGAUGAAAGGAAACAGCGGAGAAUGAUAUCUAACAGAGAAUCUGCUCGUAGGUCGAGGAUGCGGAAACAGAAGCACCUGGAUGAACUUUGGUCACAGGUAAUCAGGCUCCGUAACGAGAACCAGAGUCUCCUAGACAAGUUAAAUCACGUCUCGGAGUCCCAUGACCGUGUUCUUCAAGAAAAUGCAAGGCUGAAGGAAGAAGCUUCGGAUCUUCGCCAAAUGCUAACUGAUCUAAAAAUUGGAAGUCCUUAUUCCCUUGCAUUCAGAGACCUGGAAGAGGUUCCCUGCAACACUGCUCAUCUGAAAGCUGAGUCCACAAAUCAAUCCAUUGCUAACUCUGUUGACUUGCUUCAUUGAGAUAAGAAUCAUCUUGCCAUAUAUAUAUAUUGUAUGUUUCCCUGUAUGCUCCGGUUGUUAAUUAAGCAUUUGCCUUAGCUUGAGCUGUAUGAGAUUAGAAUCAAACCAUGAAAUAACAUCUUUUGAUCAUAUUUUCCUAA